CCACCACCACCACCACCUCCCUCCUCCUCUGUUUUACCCGCAGAUUUGUUCGACGGUUCCCGGCUGGCAGCAGGAGGAAGCGUGUCGGUGAGCCGCCCUGUGGAGAAGCAUGUGAUGACUCACGCAAGGCAGAAGGGUUCCCUCAGGCAGAGCGACAGUAGUGCUGAGUGGUGGGACAACUGCCCUCUUUGGCCACAUGGUGGUGGCACUAUGGGCGGCGCAUGGCCUGAGCGCUCACUACGAUUCGGGAGGACAAAGAAGAUAAGUGAGGUCGUCAAACAAAGGAAAGACCCGGCCAAGAAGAUGAGCGACAAGAGAGGCAGAACAGAAAAAUCAGAACAGAACAGAAAACGUGACCGGAGGCGUGACAAGAAACGGGACAGGAAGUUGUAUCCUUUGCGGGGUAGGGCUGGCGUUUCAGAUGGGGAGGGACUUAGCUGCCAUGUACUCCUUACCCGUUUGGAGGAAAGCAUUCGUGAACAGAAGAGUUCUGAAGAAAGGGAGCGAAAGGAUGCACGCCGUCGUUUAUCUCUCAAACCCAAACCUAAAAAAGGGAAAGGCCGUGAAAGAAAACAGGAAAAGUCUUCACCAAAAACCAAAUCUAAGUCAAAUAGCCCGAGUCAUGGCGAGUGUAUUCAUGUCCUGCAACCUCGCAAGCGCAGGCUGGCCUCUCUCAAUGCCGAGGCGGUGAACAGUCUACUGCUUGAAAGAGCUACUGACCCUCAGCCGGCAGCCAAACAUGCCAGGAGACAGGAAGAACCCACUAAUGGAGGGGCGUCCCUGGACGCAGAUCCAACCAGGAGUGGUGUCCCUGGAGGUCUGAAGGCUUCACGAGGAAACAUCAGUAAAGCCUCCAUGUCCCACAAACUUGAACUGUGCCAAAGCUCUAAGCAGGUCAAGAAGGCCAAAGGAAAACGAGAAAAGAGCGGGUGGAUGAGUCAGGAGAGUCUAGAUGCCCCCGCCCCGAGAAGAUUGGCUGGACUCAACGCUGCAGCCCUGCUGAAGUUAACCAGCUCCUCUGCUACCAGUAAACAGAGAGUAAAGGCAGCACCCACAGCUACUGUCACAUCAGACUGCAAGGCUCCUACUGCCGUCUCAACCCCGAAACUGCACUCCAGAGUCAAACUCAAACACAAGGGACGCUCACAAAAACAGAAGGGGAAAAAGGUCCCUCCCCUGCACAGUGGCUGCACAGCCUGCAAAAAGAAGGCGGACUUUGAGCCCAAAGUGGAGUGGGAGACCGGCAGCUGCACCCAUCGACUGACCAAACCUGGGUACCAGUCACGCAGCAUGCUAGCAUACCCACUAAAGCAAGUGAAGGAAGAGCAGCUGGAGACUGAACUGAGCCCGUACUACUGCUGUCCCCCAGAGGGCUCAAUGGAAUACUGCCACCGCUUGGCCUUCUUUCUGGGCCAGCAGCCCUAUGGAGAAUCAGACGAUCAGCCACUUAACUCAGCCAUGCCCCCUGUGAAGCGCGAGUGCCUCGUAACCUCACCGUCCCUGACACAUUCCCACCCGCACACAGCUCUGACGCUCAGCCCCCAUCCCUGCCUCUGCACCGCCGACCACUGCUUCUCCAGCUACUACGUUCACAUCGCCCACCCGACACACACUGGAGCAACGUCAGCGAGCCUGGCCCCACGACCUCUGAACUUUGCACCCACCAGUUUAUGCCCUAAUCGGAUGACUGGCUCCAAGCUGCUAGGUCCACGGGUAUCCCACUCAUCGGGGCUGACCCACCCAGCCUACUGCAACUCGGUGGCUUCGCCCUGUUACGGUGACGCCUGCGGGAUCGGUGGCUACUCCUACAGAGCCAUUCCUCCUGUCACAAGCAGGGGUUGUUCUUUCAGCACAGGAUGCACUGGAUGCACACACAGCAUCAAAACAGAGGGUUACUCCUCCCCUCAGGGUGACCACAGCCCCUCCCUUCUGGUUCCUCCCUCCCUGCCCAUGUCCAGCUGCCCUCUAUCCAGCGUGCCCACUUCCACCCAAACUAAACCCCACCUGCUGACCCCCCUGUCGGGGCGAGACCAGCCCCAGGCCAAGUUAAAAUUGGCCAGAGAAUGCCCACAGAGCAACAAGCCCUCCAACGGCUCCCUGUCCAUGGGCCGCACAAGGCUGGCCCAAAAACAGCCGUCGCCCUUGCCAAGCCUCAGCAGCACCAAACAAAAGAGAGUCAGCCGAAGACGUGCCACCAACGGUUGGCGGCCUGUUGGAAUGCCUACAGAGAGGGAAGUCUUUAUUGCGGGAGAGGAUGAGACGGCCCUGCGGCAGUGUUAUGAAGGAGUCGAGAGGGACGGUGAAGUGAUACGUGUCAGAGACACUGUGCUGCUACGAUCAGGCCCCAGAAAGAAAUCCCUCCCAUAUGUUGCCAAGAUAUCAGCACUGUGGGAGGACCCCAAAACAGGAGAGCUGAUGAUGAGUCUUUUCUGGUACUACAGACCUGAGCACACCCAGGGAGGCAGAGAUCCCAGCACACACUGUGAGAAUGAGAUUUUCGCCUCUCGGCAUCAGGAUGAAAAUAGUGUGGCCUGCAUAGAAGACAGAUGCUACGUUCUCCCACUAGCCCAGUACUGUAGAUUUUGUGCCUUGGUGAAGCGGCGUGCUGAAGGCGCCCCACCUGGCAGCGCCAGCAUGGUGCCCUGCCGCCCUGACUUCACCCCCCCUUCCCACCGCUGUGUGCCCACAGACGUCGACCCCGAGCUGGUGUAUCUUUGCCGGCACGUCUACGACUUCCGCUUCGGACGCAUCCUGAAGAACCUGCAGUAGAGGGUAGAAGGGGUGUCGCACCCAUGAAUGAAUCACAACGUAGCUCCCCCUCCUGCACAGAGGUGGGGGGUUGCUGAAGGACUGGACACCCCCCUCGCCCGCCCCCCACGUCUUUUUCUGCUGGGGACACUCACGAUCAGAGGGAAGGGGAACGAUGGGGUGGGGCUGGUUUUGAUGAGGGACAGAUGAAGCAAAAAGUGUUUGACACAUUAUGAAGCACAGAUCCCUUUAGUCGACUACAGAGGGGUUACAAUGUGAUAGAUGAAUCCAUCUCAGUCAGAGCACCAAUUUUCUCUGGUUUGGAAGAGCGAGGAACGGAGAAUUCAUUCAUCAGCUUGGAGUUUUUAGCCUCCACAACACUUUGAGGUUACACAGAGGCCUGUGUGGAGCUUCCCCCCCCCCCCUCGACCUCGCCUGCCAGGAAUGCUGAACACCAGACUGAACUGGGCUACUGUCAGGACUGUGUUUCCCCUGAAGCAUCUUAGCACAACAAUCAUGUUUGUUCCAUUUGUAAGCCAAUGGCUCAGGAAUGGUCCGGCGCUAAGGUGCUUCCAGGGGAACACAAGCCUGUACUGUCAGCUCAAUGUUAACGGUGUUCAACCAGCCAGGGUGAAGGAGCAGCUAAUGGAGAGUGUCGUCUUAUUUCUCCUGAUUUGAGUUUGUCUCACUUGUGUGUGUGUGUGUGUGUGUGUGUGUGUGUGUGUGUGUGUGUGUGUGUGGAGAGUGGGAGAGCAAGUGUUGUCAGUGUGGAUAAAUGGAUAAAUGUGGGUAUGUGUGAUGGUUUUUUAGGAGGCUUUCAGGCAAUCAAACCAAACAAGCAGCUUUAGAGGAAGCGGAGCCCCCCCACCCCCCACCCCACCCACCCACCCGCACACCACCACCACCCACCCCCUCCCCUGUUCUCGCUCCUGUGUGCCACAGCACACUGACAGAUACAUUUUCAUCUCACAUGAUGCCCUGCGCAAACUGAAAUACUGUACCCGAAGGGGGGGUUUGUGAGAUCUUUCUUUACCAAACUUGACUCUAGAGCAGGGCCUCUUUAACUUGGUGGUCUGGACACUAAAAAUGAUUUUAUUAGCGAGAGAACGCACACAAUGAUAAACGCCCUAGUGGAUUUACAAACUAACUUUCAUCUCAGUCCUGGCUUGAAGAAGUCUCAUUCUAGAGAGAGGCUCGUCUAAGGGUCCAAUGGAGAAAGCCUUCACUGAGAGCCCUGUGAAGGCUUAACAAGACGACGCCCAUCGUUCAUCUUUUUUUUUGUUUUUUGUUUUUUUCACCUUUUGCUGUUCCUUGUGACUUGCCUUAUGACUUGCAGGUAGAGCUUCAGGCAGCUAGUCUCUCCACAUAUAACAAAAGAAAGUGGGUAGACCAGGUGUACUGUAGUCCCUAAGAAAAACGAACUUUGUUGCCAAUUGACGGCUAUCGCAUGAUCACUGGACAAAACGCACUGGUUUAGGGCUGCAACUUAUUAUUUUUCAUUAACGAUCAAUCUUUUUGUCACAAAAUUGUUGCAUCGUAUCAUUUCUUAUGAUUUAUAAUAAAUAACAAUCCUAAACCCAAAAAUAUUCAAAUCACUAUCAUGUAUGACAAAGGAAAAAUAGAAAAUGUUUGGCCUCUGCUUAAGAAAUUAGUAGAAUGAUUGUCAAAGUAGUUGCAGAUUAAUUAUCAGUCGAUAAACCAAUCAAUUAAUCGACAAGUUGCAGCUCUACACUGGUUAGAAACACAGUGCACUUUUACCCGUCGUAAUUCUACAUCCACCACCCCCCCCCCCCCGAAGAUAAACCAAAGGAUGUUACACAAGCCAGAAUCUCCGUCUCCUCCCUCGCACUUCUUCUCCCUGUCAGCACUUCUGCCCUCGUUCCCUUAUUAUAUUGCACUAAUCCAUUCCUUAAUUACAACAAACGUGUUCAACCUUUUUUAUUUUUUUUUUUUUAGUUCCAGCUACUAAUAUCUUACCGGGGGGAACAUACUGUGUAUCAUUUGUGAGUGUGUGUGUGUGUGUGUGUGUGUGUGUAUGUGUGUGUGUGUAUGUGUGUGUGUCGUAGAGAAGGAAACAGUAAGGAUGUCAUGGCUGCUUUUGUCAGUGCAAACUGUAUAUUUCUAGACUUUUACCAGUAGAGGAGUCGGCCAGCGUGUUCGUCAUGUUACCUGAUGCACAACCUGUUGAAUCCCAUGGAAUAUAUACAGUAUAUAUAUAUAUUACUAGAGUCAUUCCAUUUGAUUUUCCAAUCAGCCCUGACAUACUUAUAUAAAUAUACAGUAUAUAUAUAUAUAUAUAUAUGUAUGUAUCCACUCUGUUAAUGUGAUAAGAUUUCAAAAAGGCAUCUGGACGGAGGCCUGACGCGCUGUGCAGACAAACGUAGCACCAUGUUAGACGUGUAUUUGGAUUCACGGGGGUAGUGGGGGAGGGGGGUUAAGGGUGGGAUUGUGUGGGAGGAUGUUUGAUACUUUCUUGAGUCGUGGUGGAUUUCAGACCACACUCAUUCAUUGCCUUUUAACCUGCAAGUGUUGUACUGUCACUCAGAAAACGAGUAGUGUCGGGAGUGUAUGUGUGUGUGUGUGUGUGUACCUUUUUGAAAACAUAAAGAGUACCCGAUUGCUUUCCUACACAGCAAACGCCCUGUUCUUCAACAUUGGAUAAGCCGUAAAAGAAACUCUAAAGCCAUCUUCAACUUUUUCUCUAUUUGAGCAGCGUGACUCCUAACCCAAAACAAAAUCAAAACCUGAUCAUUGGGUUUUUUUUUAUUUCUAUUAACGUCCCAGAUUCUUCAAAGAGGUAAUAUAUAUUCUCCUACUUUACAAUUUCUCCUUAGUAAGAAUAUUUUAUUAUGUCGAUUUCCUAAGAUGGCAUAUGCAAUAUAUUUUUAGACUUACUAUUUUUGGAAAAUGAACGUAACAAAUCAAGAAUAUGCAUUAUUUUUUAUUUUAUUUCAAAUUAGUUUUAAAAUCAUCACAACGUUGAUUGAGAAUUGACCAAAUGAAAGAAAGAGGAGAAUGAAGGGAUUUGAUGCCGUCGUAUGACCUAAGGUUGUAGAUAAAAGGCAGUGAGAAACUCCCUUCUAGACGAUUUCUAAUGAAGUGUACAUAUCUGAUCCCAGGAAGCACGGGGCACUCUUUAAACAAGCAGACAGCCAAUGCACAGUGUAGUAUUUUUGCAAGAUCUGUAAUAAUUAUAUUUAAAGUAAGAAAAAAAAUAUUUAAAUGGAGUAAACAAUACAGUAUAUUAAGAUUUCAAUUUAACUUAUUUGGAAAUACUGUGUCUAAUUGAUUAACUAUAUCCUGUUUUGUUUUGUUUUUUUGUUUGUUUGUUUUGUUUUUUUGCUCCAGGAUAGAAAUGGUUUCUGUUUAUUUGUAACUUAUAAGUUUAGAAAUUAAAUGAUUGAGUGGCGGUUGUUGGCAGAGAUGUAAAUGUUGUUUAGUUUAUGUCAUUUAGUUGUCAGGGGGUUGAGACCAGACCAAAGCACACCCCGGCAAGAAGGGGCAGCAGAAGUGGCCGGGAAUCCCAGAUACAGAUUUGAUCCCAGUCCCCCUCUGAGAUACUUCAGAAGUCAAAUGUGACCUGAAACCUGUGGGAAGAGAUGAACUCUAGCUCUCCUGCCUAACCCUGACUGACCUUAAGUGUGACGUUUGGGAGAACGUCGUGGCAACAUAGUCACCUGAGCUAUUAUUGAUUCGUCCUGUUGAGGGGGAGAGAGACAGAGACGGUACACCUGAGACAGGACGGGACGUCCUCUGGGCUCUGGGUAGAAGAUCCCCUCGGGCGCUGAACUAAGACCAGUUUCCCUUCUCUAAAUUUAGCCCAAUAUUACAGAGAGUUUUCAAUAAGAGUCAGGAAUUAGGGACUGUGUGAAAAUUACUAGGGAGAACAGGGUGGUGAGAAAAGAAGCAAGUUAUGUAUUUAAAAUUUUUGCUCAAGGGAAGUUUGGUUAUAUUUGGAGAACAGAGAGGAGUGUUCAACAUUUAACCCAAGAAUCAUAAUUAUUUUCAUUCUGGGGUAAACAUAUUGCAGUGCCUAAGUCUCUCAGUAAAGACAGAGCUGGCAUGUGGGCCUGGGUUUGCCAUAAAUAUGGUAUAUGUGUGGAGGACUCUGCUU